AGGCUGGGUAGCGGGAUGUACAAACGUUCACUUUAUAAAGUAAACCCAGUGCAAAGCAAUGCUGGACAGAAGACGAAAAGAAAAACUCUUGCACAAGGACGGCUGAUCAGUGACUCCGGAGGAACAUCUGGCAAACCAAGAGGAGUUCUGGCUCAUGGGAUAGAUGUUCAAACAAAGGAGUUUGACAAGAAGGUUCCAUUCCCUGAAGGCCACAGCACUGUUUCCUCUACUGGAUGGAUAAAAGACAAUGAGGGUAUUGAACCCUCCGCCAGCAUUACACCAAGAAAGACUGCACCACACACCACAGAGCAGAACUCUCCUGCUCGAGUUAAGAAAACAGAUUUUUUGGAUUUAUCAGACAGUGAUGAAGAAAAUAUCUUAAAAUCUCAGUUAGAAGAGUUGGGACAGCAGAAAUGUCAGUCAAAUGAUGUCAUGGUUCUGGAUGCAUCCUGUCAGCUGAUUGACCCAGGUCAGGUGGAAGUGGGUGUGGUCGGCUAUGAAAAAUCUCCUGCUCGAGUUGUCUGUCAUUCAGCAGCUGCUGCCAAAAGGCAGCUCAGGAAUUCUGCAAAAAGAGGUGAACCAAGCAGGGUGACUGUUUCUAAUGUCCCUGUAGUUCACGUCACAUCUCCAAUGGUGUCUAAACCUUCAGACCACAAGUCAUCCCCUGUUGUAAAAGAGAAACUGACAGAUCUACCACGAAGUGCAGAUGAAGUGUUAGGAGAGUUACCAGUCUUGACUCAGAUGGAGAGGUUAAUGGGAUUGCCUCAACCAAAUUUUGACGAUUCAGGGGAUUCAGAGAAUCUUCAACAGCCCCCGGGGGAGAAGUCUGAUGUCAUGUCUCUCAUCAGUGAGAGUGAUGUCUGCUCCAUUGCAGAUUUUGUCACAAAACCUACAAACAAAAUCAAAAAACCAGUCAGUACGGAAGUCAGUACAGCAAAGGAGACAGUUAAAGUACCGGGGUCAGCAAAGAAGAAAAUCAAGGUUGUGCCCUCCAGAUACAUGCAAGCUGCUCAGGCUAAAGGCUCUGUAUCUGUACUUAUGGACAAAUCUUCCAAGGCAGACAAAAGCAAGGCAAGUCGUAGUCUAGACAUUCAAACAAAUCAAAGAGGGAAGAAACCAACAAAAGAGAGAAAACGCGCAGAAUCCCAGAAAAAUCCCAGUACCCCGGACAACACACAGACCACAAAAACUGGGAAGACAUCGACCCCAACCUCAGAUGUAUCGUUCUUCUCUACAUUACAAACAGACAUCUCAGCAAUAUCCACAGGUGGUGAUACAUCAAAACUACAUGUAAAUACAGAUUCUCAUUCUAAAGACAGUGUGGUUAAGCAUAAAUCCAAUAUAACUCAACAAGAUCUGGACUUGUUGUAUGGUAGACUUGUACAGUGGGAAUACCUCGACAGCAAAGCAAAGAGAAUCAAAGAAGAACAGGAAAGAAAAGCAAUGUCUCAGAUGUUAUGGCUACAAGAGGAGGUACAAAGACUUAGAAAACAGAAACAUGAAAAAGACAAAGAAUUAACUAGAUUAAAGCAUUUAAAUGAAUUAGAUGAACAGUUGGAUAUUCAGAAAGAUUGUUUAGAACCAGUUGUUAGCCAUCUCCCUAAGAUGACAAGGCAGUAUGAGACUUUGGCCCAGGCAUUAGAUACAACUCGACACCAGAUACCAACUAAAGGCAUCUACAUUCCACAGGAUGAAGAACUAUUUUAUAGCCAAUUGGAGCAGACUUUGCAAGAAAGUGAGUACCUACUAGGAAACCUAUCGGCAACCACUGGGCAGCCAUUACAGAGUGCCACAGCCACUGUCGCCAAGCAUUUAGCUUCUCUGGAAAAACACACCAACCAACAGUGUCAGCAAUUGAAAAGUUGUAAUGAGAUGAUAGCUGCUACACAAAGUCUGACUAUGGAAGAGAGCUCUUUAUUAAUUCAGAAAGAGAUCUUUUGACAAAUCAUAAGAACUAUCAUAAAUGCAUUUAACAAAUAUGUAUUGUCAUUGAUGAUUACCAUUACUGCAAUGAAUUCAAAAAAUGGAAAUGA